GAAGAAGUUUUGGUAUUCUAAUCCUACACUUGGAUCUGAAAUGCUGCACAAAUCAUCCAGCUUGACAGAUGUUUUAAAGUUAUCACCUCCAAAGGUUAGGAAACAAGAUAGCAUUCGUAAGAAAACUUUGGACGUUCUGUUUUUUCAAGCUGUGAGGGACCUACUGAACACCCCUCUAGUUGGCCAAGAACUUUAUAAUCUCAGUGUGGAAGUGUUUAAGGCUUCCCUCACAUCAGAUUUUUCAACAUGUCGCAUAUAUUGGAAGAGUUCCGGCAAUGCAGAAAAGGAUGAAAAUAUUCAGCAAAUUCUACAGAGAAAAGCAUCAUAUAUUAGACAUCUUCUGAUAUCAUAUCGUAUCCGGGUAAAUGUUCCUUCAGUAAUAUUUAUUAGGGACAGAGAAGAGGAGGCUAUAAGAGAGGUAAGAAAGAAAUUUCCUAUAUGUCUGUAUUUUUAG